AUGGGUGGAAAAAAUAGUCUUGAAGCAUUAAAUGCUAUUUCUGAAGACGAAUGUGCAACAAUUAUAAGUGAAGAUUCUGAAGCAGAAAAAGAAAGAAUUGGAUAUUCAAGUCAAAUAGAAGAUAAGAAAGAUGACAUAAAUAUGAAUGAAAAUAAGGGCAAACGUGGUAGAUCUCACCCAUCUUUUGAAGGCGAUUAUAACGAUUUCGAUGAUGGUUCGGAAUUAAGUUCGGUGGGCUCAAAAGACGAUGAUAUGGAUAGUGAUAGUGAAUAUAAAGAGGAGGAGGAAGAUGAUGAUUCAGCAAGAGCUGGGCCAAGUAGAACUGCACAACCAAAAAGAAGAGGUCGCCCAGCAAAAAAACAACAACUUUCUAAAGAUAGUGAUGAUGAGGAUGAUUAUAAAUCUAUAGAAUAUGCCGUACCUAGAAAAAAUAGUGUAGUUGGUAAAACAGUUGGCAAACCUAGAGGAAGGAAACCAGGAAAACCGGGAAGGCCGGCUGCACAAAAAAGUAAACCUGGUAGAAAAAAAAAUCCGGUAAAACCCAUUAUCAAUGAAGAUAAUAAUAAUGGUACACAACAAAAUAAGAGGAGAACUGGUGGUAGACGGAAAGAUAUCGAUGAAAAUGAUGUCUAUGCUAGAGACAGAGCAGGACAAACUAAUUUGCAUCGUGCUUGUCAAGUAGGAAAUUUAGAAAAAGUUGUAGAUUUAAUAAAUAGAGGCUCUGACAUUAAUGCUCAAGAUCAUGCAGGCUGGACAUCCCUUCAUGAAGCUGCCUUGGCUGGUUAUUUGGAGAUUGUUCAAUACCUUUUAGAACAGGGUGCGGAAGUAAAUGCUGCUUCAUUUGAAGAUGGUGACACACCUUUACAUGACGCAAGUGCUAAAGGUCAUGCAGAAGUUGUCUGGGUUUUAAUGCAAUAUGGUGCAGAUCCUGAAAAAACAAAUGUAAAAGAGGAAAAACCCGAAGAUCACGCAACGGAUGAUCGCGUAAUAGAUUAUUUGAGGACAUCUGUUGAAAUUGUCAGAACUCCUGUGUAUCAAACUAAUAAACAAGGACAAUUACAAGAUAAAAAGCCAAAGGAUGAAGAUAACAGUCGAAUUAGUGAUUCAAUAUUACCUAGAAAUCAAAGGAAGAGAUCGCAUUUUAUGAGGACCUUUCAACCUUCAAAAGAGCAAGAGACAAAAAAACAAUCGAGCGGGGGAAAACGUGGAAGGCCACGUAUCAGACGUGAUGAUAAUAGCAGUGAUAACUUAAGGUCUAAUAUUUAUCCGACAGGUGCCAGAAGACGUUCAUUUAGAGACGGUAGAAAGUUAAAUGGUGAAACACAUAAUAACGGUGCAAGAGCGUUUACCUCGGCAAAUGAUGUUUUGAGAAUGGACCUCAGAUUUAAAGAUCCAUCAACCGGUCGAACGAACCUUCACUUGAACGCAAAGCGCGGUAAUAGUGAAAUGGUUGCAAACAUGAUCGAGGCUGGGGCUCUAAUUAAUGCUAAAGAUCAUAAUGGUCGGACCGCUUUGCAUGAGGCAGCUUAUGAAGGUCAUACUACUACUGUUGAAAUACUAAUAGCUUUAGGUGCGGAUGUUAAUAUCAAAGAUCACAAACAACAUACUCCACUUCAUGAUGCAUCUCAUAAAGGUCAUGGUGACGUUGUAAAUAUUCUAUUGACCAAUAAUGCUAAACCUGACGAUAAAAAUAUUGAUGGUAAAACUCCACUUGAUAUGGCUCGUAGAAGAAGAGAUAUUGUGGAAUUACUCUGUGAUUCCCUUGAAUUGGAUCCCGAUGAUUAUUCGGGUACCCAAACCGACAACACACCAAAUCAGAUGAGAAUUGAGUCAGAUGAAGAAGAAGAAGAUGAUGAUGACAGGAUUUUAUCAGGCGAAGAAUCUUCCGAAGAGUCGUCAAUACCAAACACUAAAAAAAUAAAAGUGAAUCAUAUUAUAAAUACAGAUUUGGAACCAAUGGAACUAGUUAAUGUUCAGGAAAAUCCAAUUCUUAAAAUAUCCAACAAUGAUGUCGGUCCAUUUUAUACGGUACAACUAGUCACAGAUCGUCCAGGAUUUCCAAUAGCCGCAACCGCCGAACCUUCAAGUUCUCCUUUGUUCGUUGUCGAUUUCCAAGUGGAACUGUUUUUACAAUACCCAUUAUCCACUUUAUUGGAAAAACAUCCAAAUCUAGUUCAAAGAGAAGUUACCUCUAUAGAAAAGGAAAGAUUAUGGCCUUGUCUUCGUUCAAUUGUAUGGGUUCCACCGAAAUGUAAACGUCCUUCAGAACUUGGAGCAUUAGAAGCAGUACAGAGAGAGAGAUUCCUAAUACAUAAAAUGCAUUUUGUAAAGUUUGAUCAGAUUAUCGAGGUUGCUAAUCUUCCCCAAGAGGUUAUACCUCCGACAAUACCGUUGGAUAUAUCAGAUUACACAAACAAUGAGAUGGAAGACUCCGAUGAUUUAAAUUGUGACAUAGAUGAUAAGAAUAAUUGUAAUGCUAUGGAUAUUGACUUUGCAUCCAAAUUACCACUUACACCAACUUCGCCAACCACACCCCAAUCCCAAUGGGCUGUUUCCAUGACGGAGACAAAUCCAAUACAGUCAAAGAUCAAGAAUAGUCAACUCAAGACUUCAUCUGGGAUAAUAAAAAGAAGUUACUUCAAUCCUUCGCUUAAAUUAGAAUUAAAAGUUGGAUCAAUAGAGAACUUGAAUAAAUAA